AUGGUUUGUCAGGCUUGGGUUAUUCAUGGUGACUAUCACUGCUUUGAUUUGAUGGUUGUCUGCUAUUCCUUGCUAUCUACAUAUGCUUUCAUGAUUUUGCAUAUUCUCUACAGUGGUGAGAAAACCUAUGGUUCAACAACUUUUGCUGUGAAUUCACCUUAUUUCCUUGCCAAGAACAUCACAUUCCAAAACACAACUCCUGUUCCUGCACCAGGAGUAGUUGGAAAGCAAGCGGUGGCAUUAAGGAUUUCAGCAGACACAACAACAUUUGUAGGCUACAAAUUCUUAGGAGCACAAGACACAAUUUAUGAUCAUUUGGGAAAACAUUUUUAUAAGGAUUGUUACAUCGAAGGCUCUGUUGAUUUCAUAUUUGGCAACUCUCUCUCACUAUUUGAGGGAUGUCACGUGCAUGCCAUUGCACAGAUUAUAGGGGUCGUAACAGCUCAAGGAAGGAGUAGUAUGUUGGAGGACACGGGGUUCUCAGUUGUGAACUCCAAGGUCACGGGAUCAAGGGCACUAUACCUUGGAAGGGCUUGGGGACCCUUUUCUCGCGUGGUCUUUGCCUACACAUAUAUGGAAAACAUCAUCAUUCCCAAAGGCUGGUAUAACUGGGGUGAUCCUAACCGUGAAAUAUGUUGGCCUUGAGAUUUAAGUUAUAGCCUCACUACGUUCUCUAUGGAGAAAGUUUUUGGUACAACUUCAUUUCUGCAUGUAGUCUUGGACAAUCAUAUCCCCUGACCCAACUGAAUUAGCAGCUUUAUCUAAAAGAAUGUCACUGUCAAUUUCAGAGAAGCAAAUGCAGUGCAUUAAUCCAACGAU